AGAGAGAGAGAGAGAGAGAGAAGAUAUAUAAGUAGAUAACAUGGUUUUCUACUGUAUUUGUGGCGGGUGCAACAACUCCAGCAAAAGUGGACAUAGGGUCCAUUGCUUCCCCAAGGACAAAGGGAUUCUCCGAAGCUGUGUGCAAUUUGUCAAGUUUAGGCGGGCAGAUUUUUCAGCUAGCUCUGUUACCGCGUACUCCAGAAUAUGCAGCGCGCAUUUCAAGGAGGAGGAUUACCACUCAGGGGAUGCCAAGAUGGUCUCACUUGGUUUAAAGAGUAAGAGGACGGCGAAGUUAAUUCCUACCGCCGUGCCGUCUGUGCAUGCAAACCACUCUGCCUGCCCUGUCCCGAGGUCGAGAGACACCGUCUGCCGCAAGCGAGAGAUUGCCACGAUGUUGACAGACGCCUCACAGCAGGAGACCGUGGCCAGUGUAGACACUGUGGAGAGUGUCGAUACUGGGGAUCAGCCCUUGCCCUCCUCCACUUCUGACGCUGGGACACAAUGUUUUUUGAAGCCCCCCCGAUGGUCUCACGGCAAUCUCAUAACAUUCUGUUUACUGGUUAUGUUUGCUAUAAUUCAUAUGCAGGACAAUUUCAUGUGUUUCCAUUUCAAAAAGGAAUUCUGUCUGUCCAUCUUCCUGUCUAUUUGUACGUUUUCCGUCUGUGUGUCUGUCUGCCUCCCUGCCUACCUGUCUUGGUCUUUUCAGGCUCAUUGGCAGCAGUCAAGUUGGAGAACAUAAUGAUGAGGGCUGCCUUGCUGAAAGAUGUUCGUCAGCUGUCUCCACAGCACCAGACCUUCUCCCUUGAGGCUUACCACUCCCUCAUCUUGCACUUCGCGCCCAAGCACACAGGGUUUUCAUACCUUGGGAUGUAUAGCAGGCUUCUCUUAGCGGCGCUGCAUUAUAAUCACAAUGCCAAUCGCGAGACAGCACGGAGAAGUGACGGGACAGAGAAGUACUGCGUGCGUUAUCCGCGCUUCAGAAAAGGUGCCCAUGUGGUGCGUCCAAUCAAAGAGGCAGCCUCAUACGGUUAUGCAACAUCAUUAAUGAAGGCCCUUCGGGAGAGCUACGCCAAUUCACCCGCGGUUCUUCGAGAGGUUGGCGCCAAUCUGUCCUCCGAUGCACCCGCCCCCAUCGCCAAAUCCUUCGAACAGAUUCCUAAGGAGGAGGCCAUCAGCCUCUACCUAGCCCGGCAGUCACGCUUCAAGAAAACCUAAUUUCACAUUAUUAUUUUUUUCCACGGACAAGUCCAAUGAUUUAGUUGUUAUUUGCAUGAAAUUUCUUUGUAUGUAAUUCAAAAUAAUUUGGUAAUCAUUUUACCUGUGCCUUGUCAACCUCUGUGUGC